GAAUUUCCUAAAAUAUAAAAUGAAGCGAGAGAAGUGAAACUUCACUUCACGGAGUAGCAAUUAAUUGGUGUUAUCAACAUUAUCUCUGUUUUCGUAAUUGUCGUCACUGAUUACGGUCAUUUUGGUUCGGUUUCGGUUCAUCCAACUGGAAGGACUGCUCCGGCUCCCGGCUAACACUCGGAAACAACUGUGCUGCGUCAAAAAGUAGCAAACCUCGAACUAAUAACAAUGUUUUGUGUUUAGAUGAAAAGUGACUAGUUCGACCUUUAGACCUCCCUUCAACAAGGAGCUAAACCUCGGUUCUCGGUGCAGUUUUAGAACGACUGCGAAGUCACAGUACCGGGCUACUCCGCCAUCAUGUCCUUCAAGGAUCUAGUGGAGCCGGAAUGUGGUGGAGCGAAUCCUCUGAUGAACCUGGGUCGCCAGGUUGCUCGGGAUGUCGCCUUUCAGGAUGAGGGGUUCGCCGGAGGCCGUUCGGCAUUUAUUGGCUCCGGUAAUGAUUUGGUGAAGGAGUUUAUGGGCCAGAUUGCUCCGGCACCGCAAACAUUUCGCAUGGAUGUGCUGCUGAAGGAGAUGCGAGACAUUGAUGCGCAAAACUUUCAUCAGCGACAAAUUGUACCUGGACCACCGGUCAUCGAAGAGGUAAACCGGUCGGAUUUGGACUGGGCGAAGGAGUUCGCAAUGGAUUCAUCGCUUGGACCGGGACAGCGUUCGGAGAGUAAACUCACGAGUAUCUGGUCGAAUUCGCACCUGACUCCGAUCGAGGGAGCAAUGAAUGCUAGACCAAGUAAUAUUCUAUAUACGAAGGAUUUUUUCGACUUGAAUGAACCGAAGAGUGAGGAGGAGCAGAAAUCGAUUCGUCAAGCUGCCGGAGAGUUGGCGGAAGUUGCUUACGGUCAAGAUACGGAGAAAAUAAAUUAUAGCGAGUUUCUCCAUUUCAUUAAUAAUGCGGCUGAAGGAACGGUAAAGAUUCGCGACGGAAACGUUUGGGCCAAUGAGUUUGAGCAGCUGGCUGCGGGUCCAUCCAAGCCGGUUGCCAAGGAGGAAACGGGAAUUGCAGAAGAUUGGGCUAAGGCAUUCGAGGAUGGUAAGAAAGGGGAGCAGGAGGCAGCCGAGAAUUACAACAAGCAGUUUUGGGAACGAUUGCAGGACGAAUGGCGUACUAUUUCGGAAAAUGAAAGCCAACAUCCUUGGUUGUCGGAGUUUUCCGAGUUUUACGAUCCCUAUAAGGAGUACAAAUUUGACGAGGAAAACCCAAUGGCUAACGUCGAGAAUGCAUUCGAAAAGGGUAAAACUUUUCUGUCCAAAGGAGAUAUUCCGAGUGCAGUUCUGUGCUUUGAAGCGGCUGUAAAGCAGGACCCGGAGAAUCCGGAAAUUUGGGAGCUGUUGGGAUUUAGUCAGGCCGAGAAUGAAAAGGAUCCGAACGCGAUUGCUGCCUUGAACAAGGCACUUUCGUUCAAUCCGAACAAUAUGCCCGUGUUGAUGGCAUUGGCGGUGUCUUACACAAACGAGAGCAUGCAAAACCAAGCAUUGAAGAUGCUGGUGAAGUGGAUGAAGUGUAAUCCAAAGUACGAGGCACUCGUACCGGCACAGAUGUUGCAGUCUCAAAGUUCACCACUGGCGAGCUCCUUGCUUGGUAGUCCCAGUCUGCAGGAAGUUCAGGAUCUGUUCAUCAAAGCUGUACAGAAAUCGCCCACGGAAAUUGACGCUGACAUUCAGGAAGCAUUGGGGGUUCUCUUCAACCUGAGCUCGGAAUACGACAAGGCGGUUGACUGCUUCCGGGCCGCGGUCCAGGUGCGCCCGAAUAAUUCCAAAACAUGGAACCGUUUGGGAGCCAGUCUGGCUAAUGGGAAUCGUUCGGUCGAAGCAGUCGAAGCGUACCAGCGGGCACUGGCCAUCCAACCGGGUUUUAUCAGGGCACGUUACAAUGUUGGCAUUAUUUGUAUCAAUCUGAAGGCAUACAAAGAAGCUGCCGAACAUUUGCUUCUUGCGCUGAACCAUCAGGCAUCGUCAAUAGCUCGGGCAGGGAUUAAUGUCUCCUCGCCGGCCAAUCAGAUGUCCAGCACGAUAUGGAUCACGCUACGUAUGGUUAUGUCGUUGAUGGGACGACAGGAUUUGCAGCAGGCGAUUGAUAACCGCGAUUUGGAGAUUUUAAAUCGUGAAUUCCCCAUGGGUACCGAAUAGGGAGAGGAAUAGGUGAUUUUACGGUCUGGGACGUUGGGUUGUAUGAUUUUUUUUAAAUUAUUUUUUAUGUGGCGUACGAAGACGAUACCUCGUAGAAAAAAAGAUGUAGAAGAUGGAGACAAAGAAGAAGGAGAAGAAGAAUAAGAAGAAAGAGAAGAUGACGAAGAAGAAGGAGAAGAAGACGAAAAAGAAGGAGAAGAAAUCGUAGAAAAAUGAAUAUGAGAAGACGUAGAAAAAGAAGAAGCAGCAGAUGAGAAACAGGAGGAUGAUGCGAAGGCGAAUGGUGAGGAGGUGAAAGAAUGGUAAGCAAAUUACGCGAAAAAUUUUAUAUUCGAACAAGUUAGUUCUUGAUGAGCAAUAUCAAAAAAACAAAAAAAUACAAACAAAAAAAACAUGCUAAAAAGUUUAAAAGCAGGUUGAAUGAGAUACACCAUUCACAUCUUUUGUUUUAUGCUGUAACAUACCGGGUUGGAAGAGGGUAAUAAAACAGGAGUACAAGAACA